GCGCUUGAUCUGACAAAACAGUUCAGUGUUUAUCGCGCGGUUGACGAGACAAGUGAUCUGCGAAAAUAAAGUCCGUUUGAUAAGAUAUAUCGGUGAUUGAUCUGAGUGGCAAAUGGUGGUGCAAAAGUGUUGUGGUAAGGUGUUGAUCGUGCUAAUUGUGAGCAGCUGGCUGAAGGCUGCGGGAGGAGACAAUGCCUUCAUCGAUGAUCCACCCGAUGGAUAUUAUAAUCGGACUUCCUUGGAUGAUUGCCCUAAUCGCUUCUACAGUAACGAUGUGUCCAGUGCCCUGGGAUUUUACAUACUAGGAGGAUUGCGAGCAUUUCGUAGUGAGUUUCCCCACGUGGUUGUGAUUGGGUGGACAAAUAAUCUAACCGGGAGAGUGGACUACGGUUGUGGUGGAUCGCUAAUAUCUUCUCGGUAUGUCAUCACGGCUGGCCAUUGUGGGUUUGACGAUAGGAGCGUUCCCCCGGAUAUGGUUCGAAUGGGGGACACCAAUCUCGCCUCGACAGAAGAUGAUGCCUAUGCUCAGGAUAUUAAAAUACGCAGUUUCAUUGCACAUCCAAACUACAAACGAUCUCAGAAAUACUACGAUAUCGCACUGAUCGAGCUAGAGCGGGAGGCAAGGCUGGAUGUUUCGGUGUGUCCCAUUUGUUUGUGGACAACAGACAAUAUUCAACAGUUCACCGGUCGCCUCCAGGUGGCAGGUUAUGGCGUUACUGACUACGCAUCCGAUCAAAGUCCAACGCUGCAGAAAGCUACGUUGAACUAUUACGAUUACGAAACUUGUAACAGCAUGCUACCACGACCGAGAUCGCUUUUCCGAGGCCUCUCGUCGGAUCAGUUUUGUGCGAAAACACCGAAGAAGGACACCUGUCAAGGAGACUCCGGUGGUCCGAUUCAAGUUGAACUGUCGGACGUCAAUAAAGCGAUACCGUUUUUGGUCGGGGUGACUUCAUUCGGGACGGGAUGCUGGGAUGGAUCGUUCGGAGUUUACACCAAGGUAUCAAGCUACGUGGGCUGGAUUAGGUCAAUCGUAAACGUCACCGUUGAUCCUUUGGAAUGUGCUCGCCAAUCACAGUGCUUGUCUUCGAGGAAAUUCUCGGAUAGCCGAAUUUCACCGCAGAAUAAUUCACCUUUCUUUCGGGUCCAACUCAACCGCGACGGCAAAAGCUUCAAUCAAUGCAGUGGAGCCCUGAUCGACUACCGGCAUGUGGUAACUUCUGCCAGCUGCACUAAACAUAACAAUCUGGAACCGACUCAAAUACUGGCGAACGAUGAACUGAUCAACAUCACCGAAAUCAACCGUCAUCCUCUGUACGUUCCUGGAAAGCGGUACCACGACAUUGCCGUGUUACGAUUGGACAAAUUCUACAACCCGGAAAAGAUCUACCAAAUCGUUGCCCCGGCUUGUAUCUGGAGAAAGGACAAAAUUCCGGAACCAAUCGUGUUCUAUUCUGCGUACGGACCGGAUACGUCUAGAGAAUUGACAGCGCAAGUAUCGAAUGUCCCUCUGAAGAUCCUCACGGCGUUCUUCCUAGACAAUGGACGAUGCAAUGACAACUACAGCGCCCAGUUCAGAAGUCAACUACCCGGUGGUUUCAAUGGGGAUUUCGUUUGUGCGGAGAAUCCCGUUGCCCUUGUUCCGGGUAUUUGCAAACUGGAACCUGGAGGGCCCAUUUCCAACUUCCGACGAGACAAUGUAAUCCCCUAUGUUUAUGGAAUAAACACUCUCGGUGAGGAAUGUGGAGGAACCGGCAAUCUAUUCGUUGCUACUCGAAUAUCAUCUUUUUAUGAUUGGAUCGAGUCAAUUGUACUGAACCGAACGGAAAAUGCUGUGAACUCCCGGAUCGAUUAUGAUGACAUUAAUAGUAUUAAUGCAGUGAAUCGUGGUAGCUUUCCCUACGAGAGUCAGCUUGUGUCCUUCGUUCUACCAGGAUUGAUAGCUACUGAUAAACGGUUGAGACCGUAUGGAAAUCGAUUGGUUCCAGGCGGACUAACACCAUUAGCUACCGCUUCCAUUCAUCAUAAUCUACAAGAAGAUGACGAUGACGAACCAUUGAUGCUGACAAUCUACGGUACACAAUUAAAUCACAUCCCCUCUGGAACGGAUGAUAUCCUCCAAACAUUGCGUUCAAUUCCCAUUCAACACCACCAACCGUCAUCCAACAAUGUGGGAAUUGUCAAAUCAUCGGAGCUCGAUGUCCCACAGUCAAGCCGCGUAAUAACUAUUCACCAGCAACCAACAGUCUAUAGCUCACGUUCACAAACUCCCUCGUCACCAGCACCUACGCUAGUGCAACUUUGGCCCAAGCCUUACAUAACUCCCUUGAUCAACAGUAUUCACUAUCAACCGACACCGGUACAACGGCGAUUACCGGUUAAUCCAUUUCCCAGCCCAGCGUCAUCGUUCAGUAUAGUGAAGUCAAUUGAACUCUAUCCGGGUGGUCAUUGCACCCUCAGCUCUGGGCAGACCGGAAGAUGUGUGCACCACAGCCACUGCGAGGGUGCGAGUGCGAGUGGUUUAUCCUACUGCAAUUACGAGCUGCUGACGGUUUGUUGUCCAGGUUUUUGA